GUGUGUGUGUGUCUGAUUUUGUGGCUCACAUGACGACGCGUUUAGUCCACAGCUGGUUGAUCUCGAGCGAUCCGACCGAGGGAAACCCAAGCGCGUGUCGAGGCGUUUCAUCACCGGAUCCCCCAACCCAAAGGGGCUCGUGCCAAAAGAUUGUACGGUCCCGUACUCCACCGAAAUACCGGGAGAUGUUUGUCCCCCGCUCCUACCGUCCUGAGCGCGACCCUCAGACGACCCGCUCGUGAGGAACUCUUGCUCUCUCUCCCCCGGUCAUGGCAUGUACCCCUUGCCGCCUCAUCAGCACACGCGCCGCGCACAGGCUCGAGACAAGUGAACAAGAUGGGCAUCCGAGCGAGAAACCCGGAGCCGCGAGAUGCUCUCGCGCUAACCGACAGGGACGGGACGCAGCUGCUGGGGGUCACGAGAGAGGAUGAGAAGCGGAGCGUGCAGGGCGCGGGGCUACUGGCCAAGACGCCGUUGGGCUACACGCGACCCGUCAAACGCGGGAACAUCCGCACACGGAGGAUACAGAACCAUAUUUAUGAUACGCUCGAGAGACCACGAGGUUGGGCACUACUGUACCACGCGUUUGUGUUCCUGGUCGUUCUGGACUGCCUCAUUCUGGCGAUAUUAACCACGUUUAAGGAGUAUGAGAAAGUCUCAGCAUACUGGCUCGUUAUACUGGAGACCUUCACCAUUGUGCUGUUUGGGACUGAGUUUGCCUUGAGGGUUUGGGCCGCGGGAUGCUGCUGCCGUUACAAGGGCUGGAGAGGAAGACUACGCUUCAUGAGGAAACCCCUCUGCAUCCUAGACAUCUUCGUCCUGAUCGCCUCGGUGCCGGUGGUGGUCGUGCGUAACCAAGGCAACGUGCUGGCGACGUCGCUGCGUAGUUUGCGCUUCCUGCAGAUCCUGCGUAUGCUCCGCAUGGACCGGCGGGGGGGCACCUGGAAACUCCUGGGCUCCGCCAUCUACGCACACAGCAAGGAGCUCAUCACUGCCUGGUAUAUUGGCUUCCUCUCGCUCAUCCUGGCUUCGUUCCUGGUCUACCUGGUGGAGAAAGAUGACGUCGCCAUGGAGAUGAGAGACCCUCUAGGCCCCACCCCCUCGACACAACCACAAGACUUUGACACCUAUGCAGACGCCCUCUGGUGGGGACUGAUCACCUUGACAACCAUUGGCUAUGGCGAUAAGACACCCAAGACGUGGGCGGGGCGACUGCUGGCCGGAACCUUCUGCCUCAUAGGAGUGUCUUUCUUCGCCCUGCCUGCAGGUAUUCUAGGAUCUGGUUUAGCUCUGAAAGUCCAGGAGCAGCACAGACAAAAACACUUUGAGAAACGAAGACAUCCUGCAGCUGGACUAAUACAGUCGGCAUGGCGAUACUAUGCCACCAAUCCCCUCAGAGAUGACCUCAUCGCCACCUGGAGGUUCUACGAGACCAUCAUCUCACUGCCCUGUUUUAGUCGGAGGGCUCGUGUUCCUGCUCGACUCGGUUCUGUUAGGGACCGUCUCAUGCUCUCUAGUGCCGCAGUGCAUUCUGGGAGCUCAGAGCAAAUCAAACCAACUGGCUUCAGCAACCGAGAACGCUUCCGAACCGCCUUCCGCAUGAAGGCAUACACACUCCGCCAGAGCUCAGAAGAUGCUGGUGGGCUGGUGGACUCCGCCCCUGAGGAGAGAGGCUUCCCUUCGGACAUCCUGACAGAAGACAUGAUCCCCACACUCAAGAUGGUCAUCAGAGCAGUCAGGAUCAUGAGGUUCCUGUUGAAUAAGAAGCAUUUUAAGGAGUCUCUGCGGCCGUACGACGUGAAGGACGUGAUAGAGCAGUACUCAGCUGGACACCUGGACAUGCUCACCAGGAUCAAAUACCUGCAGUCACGCCUGGACAUGAUUUUGGCCCCUGGACCUCUCCUCACCCCCAAGCACAAGAAACCUCAGAAACCUUUUACAUAUCCGUCACCCAGGCAUGAUCCGUUUCCAGCUGCUGUUUUAGACUCAGAGGAUCCCAGCAUGAUGGGCAGGUUCCAGCGGGUGGAAAGACAGGUGGAGGACAUGGACAAGAAACUGGACUUCCUGGUGGACAUGCACAUGCAGCAUCAUGACACGCUGCAGGUUACCACGGGCAACGACCCCUCCGUGACCCUCACGGUUACCAACGGCGACCCGCUCCUCUGCUGCUACGUCCAACCCCUGCCCUUCUACCCCGUGCAGCACACACACACACACGCCUUCUCCCACAGCCACGGCACACACACACACACACACCUGCCACGGCCCAACGUGCUGCCCAUCAGCAGCCUCCCCGACCACACACACACACACACACACACACACACUGACCUGUCAGGUGCUGGGCUGCUGGCCAGACUGGGGGGGGCGGGGUCACAGUUAUCUCUGUUGUCUGUCACGCAAUUGGGGGAGGAGCUAGAACGCUCCCCCAGCGGCUUUAGCGUGUCGUCGGAGAGGGAGGAGUCUGAGGGGUCACGCAGGGGUCAAACACAGUGCUGCCUCGCCGAGGGGGAGACUGACACUGACAGUGAGCUUCACACACCCAGCACUGCGCCCUAACACAC